AUGCAUCCCAGAAACAUGCCUGGAAUUGCACAUGAGAGGUCGCCACUCAUUCAACAUGAAGAGGCUGGUGACAACAAAGAAUUACUCGAAUUCUCAGAGCACGAUGAUGAAAACCCGAGAAAUUGGUCGAAGUGGAAGAAACUGGGAAACAUCGCUGUCAUUGCUACCAUGGCUAUUUUAUCACCACUUGCAAGUAGUAUGUUUGCACCCGGUAUUAAUCAGAUCGCGGAAUCGUUGGAUACAACAGCCCAGGCUGUAAUCGCAUGUCAAACCGGCUUCGUUAUCAUGCUUGGGAUUGGACCUCUUUUGCUUGCUCCUUUGUCUGAAACUUUCGGUCGAAAGCCCGUUUACUUAGUCUGCUUUGGCAUCUUUACGUUGCUCCAGAUUCCAACUGCACUAAGUCCAAAUAUCGCUACCCUCAUCGCGUUUCGCUCCAUCGCUGGAUUCUUUGGAAGCGUUUCCAUUGCCAAUGGAGGUGGAACAAUCUCUGACAUGUAUUUGCCGAGUGAACGAGCAGGUGUUUUCGGAUGGUAUCUCCUGGGACCACUUCUAGGACCGACAAUAGGGCCUCUCCUUGGCGGUGUGAUUCUACAAAAUCUUAAAUGGCCAUGGCUAUUCUGGAUCCUGUUAAUGAUAUGUGGUGUUGUUUUCGCUGGUGUAUACUUUUUCCUGCACGAAACUUACGUCCCUAUUCUUCUUACUCAUCGAAAGAAAGAACUUGAAGAGCGCUCAGACGUCAAGUAUUAUUUCGAAGGAGAGGAUUUGAGACCAUUCUCGUCAAAAGCUAUUCAAGCAGUUCACAGACCACUAAAAAUACUGUUCACUCAACCUAUAGUUUUGAUUAUGUCAACAUAUCAAGCUCUUAUUUUCGCCACAACAUAUAGUCUUUAUACCCAAUUUUCACGAAUCUAUGGCGAUGGAUACGGCUUUAGCACUGUUAAAGUAGGACUUGUAUAUCUUGCCCCAGGACUUGGGUUUCUUACGGCGGUAAGAUUCCUCGUUCCGAGAAUCGACGAUAUCCGGAAUCACCUUACACACCAAAACAAGGGCGAGGCAAAACCCGAAUUUCGUCUUCCCCUUGCAAAUAUCGGCGCGGUUCUAAUUCCCAUCACAUUAUUUUCAUUUGCCUGGAUGGUAGAGUACCGCGCGCACUGGGCAUUCACACUCAUCGCUACUUUCUUUUAUGGCAUUGGACAGGUCGCUAUCUUUAAUACCGUACAGAAUUAUUACAUCGAUAGUUUCGAGAAAUAUGCGGCAAGUGCCAUUGCAGCCGGAGCAUUUUUUAGAAGUAUUUUCGGAGGAAUUGUACCUCUAAUCACGCCAAGCAUUUUGGACAACGUUGGAGUUGGUUGGGGGUUGAGCAUUUUUGCAUUUUUGAGUGUUGCAAUUGCCCCAAGUCCUGUACUAUUUUAUUACUACGGAGCCUCUUUGAGAAAAAGAUUCUCGAUAGACUUGGAGUAA